AUGACACAGAAUUAUGUCCGCUUACCGAAAAGUGCAAGUGACGAGACCAUGUCUCAUUAUUACCAGGAAGAAAGAAAAGGUAACAACACAAUAUCAUUCUGUUCCGAUCUAUCUAUCUAUCUAUCUAUCUAUCUAUCUAUCUAUCUAUUGAGUGAUUCCCUAAUCACCGCUGUCACAUCAGCUGGAGUUCACACCCGCGAACUCCUAAUCUCCGCUGUCACAACUGUCCGAGACUACAGGUGGGAACCCCUAAUCUCCGUUGUCAUAACUGUCCGUGGCUGCAGGAGUCAUCCCCUAAUCGCCGCUGUCACCUCAGUCCGAGGCAGCUGGACCGCUUCACUAAUCCCUGUUGAGUUUACGAGAAUUUUCGUCGUUUCCUCCGGGGAACCUCGACUCAUUGACUUUUUAAACUUCAAUAAUUGUCCACACGUGGGUGCCUUUUCGGGCGCCAAGCUCCUCCUCCUCCUCCCCUUACGGACAGCCUCCAUACACGCACUAACGCAACAGGAUACGCAAUAUUCGCUAAGAGAGAGAGGGCAUUGUCACUCUCUCUUCUUUCACCUAAGACGCCCAUCCACCUAUCUAUCUAUCUAUCUAUUUCUGUCCCUUAUCUAUCUAUCUAUCUACCUAUCUCAGUAUUCCCCCCCCCCACACUCUGUUAAUUAUCUAUCUAUCUAUCUAUCUAUCUAUCUAUCUAUCUAUCUAAGUCUGUUAAUUAUCUAUCUAUUUAUCCAUCUAUCUAUCCAUCUAUCUAUCUAUCUGUUGCAUUUUCUUUCUUUCUUUCUUUCUUUCUUUGUCUAUUCAUAUCAAUAUAUGUAUGGCAGUCUGCUCAUUAUCUAUCUAUCUAUGUCUAUUCAUAUCAAUCUAUCUAUGACAGUAUUCUCAUUAUCUAUCUAUCUAUCUAUCUAUCUAUCUAUCUAUCUAUCUAUGGCAGUAUUCUCAUUAUCUAUCUAUCUAUCUAUCUAUCUAUCUAUCUAUCUAUCUAUCUAUGGCAGUAUUCUCAUUAUCUAUCUAUCUAUCUAUCUAUGA